AUGACCAAGACCAAAGAGCUGUUCAAGGAUGUCAGGGAAAAGAUUGUAGACCUGCACAAGGCUGGACUGGGCUACAAGACUAUUGCCAAACAGCUUGAUGAGAAGGUGUGCCUGUGGUGUAACUUGGUGGAAGGCACCUUCCUACGUUCUCCGCCACAGAUUAAAAUGGAAGCCCGGCUUGAUGGUCUGUUACUUUUGAACAUGUUUAACCUCAACAAAUCCCAAGACGUCUCUAUUCAGCCUGCACCGUGCUGAAAAGGAGACUCAACCUCCGCGCUUGGGUUCUGCUAACCUGACAUGCCACAUGUUUAAUGCUUUGUGGGUGCCUUCUACGCUCUUUUCGUUCUGUUGAAGUGCUCUGGGAGACGAUCAGUCUUCCAACUGGUACCGCAGCUUUAGCUGGCUAUCUGCUCUUCAUCGCCUUCAAAGAUCUCCAGAGGAAAACCAGGCAAAGCAAGGUCACAUCCAUACCAUACACCCAAAGCACAGGGCUGGGAACUAGUUUGUGAAGGGUGCUGGGAAUUGUAGCUCAGUGAGGGGUGUGGACUACAGCUCCCAGCACUUGGGGGAGGAGCCAUGUUAUUGAAAAUAUUAUUAUUAUUAUUAUUAUUAUUAUUAUUAUUAAUUAUCAUCAUUUAUACCCCGCCCAUCUGGCUGGGUUUUCCCAGCCACUCUGGGCAGUUUCCAACAAAAGAUUGAAAUACAAUAAUUCAUCAAAUAUUAAAAACUUUCCCUAAACAUGGCUGCCUGUUUCUGGUGUGGAUGUGACCCAAGACAAAGACUCUCCUUGUUCUCCAGGAAGCCAUGUCCAAGAUUAUCCUGCUGCUGAGAUGCAUGCACUUUUUUUGAUAUUUUUUUAUUUAUACUUUUUGACUUCAUACAUUUCACUGAUUUUAUACAUUUCACUAAUUUUACAAUCAUUUUAUCUGGAAAUAUUCAACCAACCAUUUCCAUUCUUUUAUUUAAAAAAUGGUUAUCUUGAUUUCUUAACUCUUCUGCCAAAUUUCGCCAUUUCUGCAGAUUCCAUAAGUUUUUGUAUCCAUUCUUCCUUUGCUGGGACUUCUGCUUCUUUCCAUUCCGUAACAUUUUUGUUGCGGCAGUAGCGUACAUGAACAUACAUGUGGAGAGAUGCAUGCUUUUAUACACAACCGCAUUAGCAAAUGCCCAUGAACCAAACUCUGAGCAGACACUUUUUUUCAUAGAAUCAUAGAAUCAUAGAGUUGGAAGAGACCACAAGGGCCAUCGAGUCCAACCCCCUGUCAAGCAGGAAACACCAUCAGAGCACUCCUGACAUAUGGUUGUCAAGCCUCUGCUUAAAGACCUCCAAAGAAGGAGACUCCACCACACUCCUUGGCAGCAAAUUCCACUGUCAAACAGCUCUUACUGUCAGGAAGUUCUUCCUAAUGUUUAGGUGGAAUCUUCUUUCUUGUAGUUUGGAUCCAUUGCUCCGUGUCCGCUUCUCUGGAGCAGCAGAAAACAACCUUUCUCCCUCCUCUAUGUGACAUCCUUUUAUAUAUUUGAACAUGGCUAUCAUAUCACCCCUUAUCCUCCUCUUCUCCAGGCUAAACAUGCCCAGCUCUCUUAGCCGUUCCUCAUAAGGCAUCGUUUCCAGGACUUUGACCAUUUUGGUUGCCCUCCUCUGGACACGUUCCAGUUUGUCAGUGUCCUUCUUGAACUGUGGUGCCCAGAACUGGACACAGUACUCCAGGUGAGGUCUGACCAGAGCAGAAUACAGUGGCACUAUUACUUCCCUUGAUCUAGAUGCUAUACUCCUAUUGAUGCAGCCCAGAAUUGCAUUGGCUUUUUUAGCUGCCGCGUCACACUGUUGGCUCAUGUCAAGUUUGUGGUCAACCAAGACUCCUAGAUCCUUUUCACAUGUACUGCUCUCAAGCUAUUUUCAUGCCUGUUUAAACUAUUUGGCUCCCCAUGGAGAAACAUGGAGGUUGUUGCCGUGAUGUAAAGGGGCUCAUUGAACUACAAUUCCCAGGCUACGCUGGGGAAAGUUGCGCCUUUUGAAGCCAGUUUAAUUCCGAAGCCUUUAUAUGACUCAAGUUCUGUUGCACACCGUCAAAUGGAAGUCAGGUGUUAUAGUAUGACCAGCACAGCUUUGCUUAGGUAAGCCUGUGAGAUUCUCCUACAUAUACCAACAGAUCUAGAGAGCAGUCAGGAGAAAUCUCCCAGUGAAUAGCUGCUCAGGCUUCCUAAGACCACCUGAUUCCCUUUUCUCCAAUUAAGGGGGUUUCUUAAUUUAACUCACCUGUAGUCAUUUACUCCCAACAUCACCAGCUGGAGAGAUGAUCUCCAGGUUGCUACAGCAGUUUCCACCUUCUUUCUCCAUCGAUACUGUAACUGGAAACCGUUGACCUGCUCUUCUUUGGAAUAGGGAAACCAAGCAUGGAUGAGGAUUUAUCCCUGGAAAACUACCUGGACCAGUGUACAGGCCAGGUAACAUGAAGGAUGCUGGGGCUUAAUCCAUUUUGAAAGGGCAACUGUUUUUCCUGCUAGUAUUGCCAGACCUUAGUAAAAGGCGGCUAUCUGCUUUUUACUGUGGAACUAGCAAAACUCCCAGUCACGCUAUUGGAACAAGUUGAGCAAGUGUGUUGUUUCCACAUUUAUUUUGAUGGAUUCUGGUCAUAUUAUUUCUGUUCUGCUCCUAUUGCUUAGCAUUUAGGAACAUAGGAAUAUACCUUAUAUUGAUUCAGCCUAUUGGUUCAUGUGGCCCAGUAGGGAGAAAGGUUUAAGGCAGGAGUUUGUCCCAGUCCCAGGUGGGAUGUGUGAGGAUAGGAGAAUUUUGGGACAUAAUAUACAACGAACUUAAAAAGAUCUUUAAAUUCUCCUUUCAAAAAAACCCAGAAGGCUUUCUGGUAGGCAUUAUGUCCACUGAAAUACAAAAAAAACUUUAGAACCAUCUUUAUGUUUGCAACCGCAGCGGCCAGAAUUGUGGUAGCAAAAAAUUGGAAAGGUGACUUAAUUCCUACAAAGCUUGACCGACAGGUGAAGAUGAUAGAAUACCUGGAACUGGCGAAAAUGACUGGGAAAAUAAGAAAGUCAGAAAGUGAGCAAAGAAUGGACAAUAUUGAAAGAAUAUUUAAAACAAUACUGUGGAAAUGCAAAUCUCCUGGCAGGUAUAGAUUGAAUCUUGAAUAUUAAAGAGAAUUAUAAAUGAAAAAAAUUGUUCCUGAGAUGUAAUAGAUAUAAUAGAAAGUGCAUAUAGGUUAAGAAUAUUUAGAAAGCACAAUGAGGUGAUUCGGAAGUCAAAAAUAUGUGUGAUGUUAGGUGAUGUGUAGCCAAUUAAUGUUGUCAUUGUGGUAUUGUUUUUUCUGUUUGUGUUGCAUGUUUUGCAAUUAAUAAUAAUAAUAAUAAUAAUAAUAAAGAGUUUGCCCCAGUCAUCCAUCAGGGAUUGGACCUGGGAUCUUUAGCAUUAAAAGUAUGUGCUGCACCACUGAGCUAUGAACAUGACUAAGUAAGCUGGGCAAAUCUAAUUACCGUAUUCCCAAAUUGCAGAUAGCGAGCUGAGGCUGAGUGUUAGUGGACGUUCUAAGAAGGGAAAGUGUGUCGGAAUGUGUGGGAUAGCGCUUGAUUUGACACAACACCAUCUAACCUCCCCACAAUCAAAUCGGAAUAAAUGCCCAGAAUCUGAAUAAAUGCCCAGUAGCUGUGGGUGUUGAGGUUUGAGAGAAACGGCAGCUUUGAAGUGGACAAUUAGUGAGUUGGCAAGAAGCCAAGUGACGCAAGAGUAAGUGAGGAAGUCUGCUUGGAGACAGGGAAGCCUAGCAACCAUAGCUGUCAACUUUUCCCUUUUUUUAAGGGAAAUCCUAUUCGGAAUAAGGGGAUUUCCCUUUAAAAAAGGGAAACGUUGACAGCUAUGCUAGCAACAGGUGGUGAUUGGCUAAAAGUUUUCCCUUAUAAGCAGCAUGACACAGUAGUUUGGUGGUGGAGUUGCUGUAAACAAAAAUUGCCCUUUUCCCUUAUGGGGUAUCCAAGAGCCCAUAUAGAGUCCUUACAAAGGUUCUCUAUUGGUAGGAGAGAAUAACAGAGGCCAACCAGAGAAUAUUGAGAAGCAAAGCAGCUAGUAAGCUUGAUCUUUAUUGAUCUGUUGCAACAGGGUGUUCCCCUCAAACGCAGGAAAGGAGGAGGACCCAGAACCAAGGUGUGGCUGCCCUUAUAUAGACAUUUUAAAUUCCUUGUCCUGGAGCUCAAGACCACCCCCAGAAACAUCAUACAUACAUCACAGAAAAGGCGGUCUCAAACAGAAAUCUGAAUGUUGUUUUUCUCCUGUCUGGCAGGUCACUUGAUUGGAUUUCCUGGGGAGCCUGGCUAGUCUUUUGUAAUGAUAAAUACUUAGUUCCUGGGCCAGGUCACAGGCUCACACCCUAUUCAUAUCUUAAAUGUGCCCUUAAGACAGGAUUUGUGAGGAAAGAGACAAUGGGGAGAUUUCCCACUUUGACCUUGCAGAGAAAACAUUUGGUCAGUUUAGGAAUCAAAAUGGUUCCAGGUCGGUCUUCCUGUGCUGAUCUAUGUAAGUGUUUGGUUGGUACACUAAUGAACAUUACCAUAUAUCUAAGACCUCAAAAUUCCUAUCACAGAGUUCAGAGGUUGGUGUGUAGAGUAAGAAUCAAGUCUGUGCGUAUAGUAACUUGUACAAAACUGUGCUAUACUCUGUAUAUAAUAAAAGUAAAUACAAAUCAAGUUAUUGUUCGGCAAGUUAUGUUCCUGAGUUGUCAUCCUGGACUACACGGACUAAGCAGCCGGUAGCAGAGAGUUUUGGCUGAGAUCCACCAACAGUGGGUUCUAUGCAGUAAACAUGGCCCUGUGAGGAAAAAGCCAUGGCUUUGCUCGAAUUGUGGUCCUCUGCUGCUGCAGUGUAUUUUGAACGUAUUAUUUUGGGGGAUCUGGCGUAGAGGAAAGGUUUCCCCUGCUCCUAACACUAGAACCCAUGGACCUCAAGUGAAUGGUGGGGAAAUUCAGGACAGAUCAAAGAAAACACGCAGUGCACAGUUAAACUAUGGAACUCAUUGCCACAGGAGGAGGUGAUGGACGCCAAUCUAGAUGGCCCUGAAAGAGAAUUGGACCAAUUUAUAGCGAAGGGCGGGACACGGGUGGCGCUGUGGGUUAAACCACAGAACCUAGGGCUUGCCGAUCAGAAGGUUGGCGGUUUGAAUCCCCGCGAUGGGGUGAGCUCCCGUUGCUCAGUCCCUGCUCCUGCCCACCUAGCAGUUCAAAAGCACGUCAAAGUGCAAGUAGAUAAAUAGGUACCACUCCAGCGGGAAGGUAAACGGCGUUUCCGUGCGCUGCUCUGGUUCGCCAGAAUCGGCUUAGUCAUGCUGGCCACAUGACCCGGAAGCUGUACGCCGGCUCCCUCGGCCAAUAAAGCGAGAUGAGCGCCGCAACCCCAGAGUCGGUCACAACUGGACCUAAUGGUCAGGGGUCCCUUUACCCUUUACCUAUAGCGAAGGGCUUUUGGCAACUGCUAGUCACAAUGGCUCGCCUCUGCCUCCACAAUUGGAUGCAGCAAAGCUUCUGAAUCCCAGUUGCUAGAACCCACAGGAGGGGAGAGCUGCUCUUGUGUUCGAAUCCUGCCUGCUGGUUUCCCACAGGCAAGCCACUGUGAGAACAGGAUGCUGGACUAGAUGGGUCCAGCAGCCUCUUCUUAUGUCCUAUUAACACAGAAGUGUGAUGACUGUUUUUUCUCUCUCCCAUGUUGUGAUAGGAUAACUUUCCACCAUCCAGCCCACAAGUGUCUGCUCCCAUGAGCCCCUUUGCGGCAGACUUGCCUCCUUCCUCCUACCAGGGGGCAGCGUUUCAUUCUCCGCCCGACCAGACCCACAACUUCUCGAUUGACCUCAGCUUCCUGCCUGACUAUUUAAGCCCGGAUAACAAACAUGAGGGCCGUGCAAUGUCAUUGGGAGACCAGCACGGCUCUCAGUCAGGAUCGCAAGACAGUGGCAUCUUCCUGAAUGGUAGUGGCCUGUCCCGACAGAGGGAUGAAAACGCAACUCAACCAUCGCCCGAUGCUUCUAGGAUGCCCGAUGCCUCUGGGUCCCGUCUUCCCAUGAACCCGAUGACCCCUAUGGCCUCUGCUUCAGAAAGUUCUUCUGGCAUCGUCCCACAGUUGCAGUAGGUUCAUUCCUGUUAGAGCGCCUUGAAGCUUGGGUGACUUAGAUUGAAAGUCACUCUUGUAGUUUGUAGAGUUCAAAGGCUUUAUUUAUGCAGGAACUGUUUACGGGAUGAGUGGAGAUAGGAGAGAAAUAGCAGACAUCUCGUCUGGAGAGAACAGCAAACAACAAAUGGCUCAGCUUUUAAGGGGUGGAGUUAACUUAAACACAGAGGCUUACCAAACAAGCACAGGAAAGCUCAUACCAAUAACAAACUUAGUUGGUCUCUAAGGUGCUGCUGGAAGGAUUUUUUUUAUUUUGUUUCAACAAGUUCUAGUUAGCUUUCUACACAAAUAGUGCCCCCUGGUGGGUUAAAGUUAUAUGUGUAUUAAGUACAAAAUCAAUAGAUUGAAAUAUGGUUGCUUUUGGGAUGCGGGUGGCACUGUGGGUUAAACCACAGAGCCUAGGACUUGCCGAUCAGAAGGUCGACGGUUCGAAUCCCCGCGACAGGGUGAGCUCCCGUUGCUCGGUCCCUGCUCCUGCCAACCUAGCAGUUCAAAAGCACGUCAAAGUGCAAGUAGAUAAAUAGGUACCGCUCCGGCGGGAAGGUAAACGGCGUUUCUGUGCGUUGCUCUGGUUCGCCAGAAGCGGCUUAGUCAUGCUGGCCACAUGACCCGGAAGCUAUAUGCUGGCUCCCUCGGCCAAUAAAGCGAGAUGAGCGCAGCAACCCCAGAGUCGGUCACGACUGGACCUUAUGGUCAGGGGUCCUUUUACCUUUACCUUUACCAUGGUUGCUUUUAUUCAGCAAAUCAUUAAUUGUUUUUUUUUUAAUUGUUAUUUUUCUAUGUUUUUGGUUGUUCUUAUUUUUAUCUGAAGCCACCUUUUGUCCCCAUCAGGGAAAAAGGCAGGGUAUUACUACUACUACUACUACUACUACUACUACUACUACUACUGCUAGCCACUUGAGGGCCUUCUCCCUAAGCAAGUGGGAGCCUGCCUCCAGGUUGCUAAGCAAUGGCAACACAUUCUCUUCACUCUUGUUUGCUUAUCUUUAACUCUCAGGUUCUAUGUUUAAAAUGUGCAUUGGGGGUGCUUUGAAUGUACGGUGGUACCUCAGUUUACGAACUUAAUCCGUUCCGGAAGUCCGUUCUUAAACCAAAACCAUUCUUAAACCAAGGCGCGCUUUCCCUAAUGAGGCCUCCUGCCGCCAGUUCCCCAUCCACCAUUCGGCUUCUGUUCUUAGACCAAGGUAAAGUUCUCAAACCAAGACACUAUUUCCGGUUUUGCAGAGUUUGUAAACCGAAUCGUUCUUAAACCAGACUGUUCUUAAACCGAGGUACCACUGUGUUGUGUGAAUGUUCCCAAACUAGCAAGGUCAAAUUUAUGCAAUCCCAACAGAUGUUGGUUGAUUUCCCUGAACCAAUUGCAUCUAGAAAUAAGAAGAGGAGGAGGAGGAGUAUGAUGGACAUUCAAUUUAUGGCUCAGUACUGAAAGGAAUGGCAGAUUUGCUGUGAUGCAUCCCAUGAACUUUUCCCCCCCAAAUUUUUUUUAUUGCUUUUCCAAAUUUAUAAGAAAAAACAUACAUUACAAAAAACAGCAAAAGAAAACACAUUACAGAACAAAAGAAAAACAUAAAAAGAAUUAUUUCUUCCGAAACCCAAAUUGCCUUACAUUGUUAAUUGACUUCCUCAGGUCCCCCCUAACUGAAUUUCAUUAUAUCACCUUGUAACAGUUCUCUAAAAUCAUAUUUCUAUUGAAAUUGACUUCUUCCAUUUACUAUCCUCCUCUCUUUUAUUAGUAUUCUAGUCCUUAAUGUUUUACAACACAUUCUUAUACUAAUCCUUAGCCUAUUUAUUACUUUCAAGUGACUUCUAAUUAUCUUUUAUGCAUCCCAUGAACUUAUCCAUGCCACUUCUAAGCACUAAAGGCACCUUUGUCAAUCUGUUGCAUCCCCUCGUAAAUGAAGUCUUCAAUGUGCAAUGUUUCUCCCUUGUUCUCCUAGGAAUAUAGUGGCCACUGUAAACUUGGCUUGUAAACUGGACCUCAAGAACAUCGCCCUUCAAGCUAGGAAUGCAGAAUUCAACCCAAAGGUAAGUCCCAGGGAAGCUGUUUGGUGCCAUGCCUCUGAGAAAUGGUUCCCCUUUGAGAUUCUGGUUAGGCUCAGACUUGGUGGACUCUAGAGAUGGAGGUGCUGGGGGUACCCCAGUCGGUAGAACAUGAGACUCUUAAUCUCAGGAUUAUGAGUUUGAACCCCACGUUGGGCAAAAGAUUGCUGCAUUGCAGAAAGUUGGAGUACAUGAUCCUCGUGGUCUCUUCCAACUCUACAAUUCUAGAAUGUUGAACUAUGACUUUGAGAGACCACGGUUCGAAUCCCCACCCAGCCGUGAAGCUCAUUGGGUGACCUUGAGCCAGUCACUAUCUCUCAGCCUAGCCUACCUCACAGGUUUGUUGUGGGGAUGAACUGGGGUGGAGGAGAACCUUGUACACAGCCUUGAACUCCUUGCUAGAAAAGGUGCCAUAUAAAUGUAAUAAUAGAAAAGGCUUGUGGAAAACAGGUCUUGUAGAUUCCUCCAUUGCAAGAGCCUCAGAAAUGAGAAGGAUGAGCAUGCGCAGAGUGCACCUGUCGGGUCAAACCUCUGUAUUUCAUAAGAUACUGCCAGAGGCACUUGCCUAAAACAGAUCCACAAGGUGGUAAUCUGGUUUUUUCCUGAACUUUAGAGGUUUGCUGCUGUGAUCAUGCGAAUUCGAGAACCAAGGACAACCGCCCUCAUAUUUAGUUCCGGCAAAAUGGUCUGCACAGGAGCGAAAAGGUAAGACUUUAUUAUGAACCCAGAAUAAACAGGGCACUGACAUGGCGGGCAGGAUUGAGGUUUCUGCAAAUCUUGGCUUUCUUUCUCUCCUUCCUUUUAAAAUACGUUUUGCCUAGCCAUGUGACUCUGAAAAUAAUAAUAAUAAUAAUAAUAAUAAUAAUAAUAAUAAUAAUGUUUAUUUAUACCCCGCCCUCCCCAGCCAAGGCCGGGCUCAGGGCGGCUAACAAGCAAUAAUAAAAACAAGUUGAAUGAAUACAACUUAAAAAACAAGAUUAAAAUACAACAUUAAAAUAUUGAAACAUUAAAAUAUUAAAAUGCAGCCUCAUCACAGGAGGAGAAAGAAAAAAGGAAAAAGAAAGAGGGGGAGGGAAUCUAAUUGGCUCCAAGCCAAAGGCCAGGCGGAACAACUCUGUCUUAAAGGCCCUGCAGAAAGAAAUCAGAUCCUGCAGGGCCCUGGUCUCAUGAGACAGAGCAUUCUACCAGGCCGGGGCCAGUGCUGAAAAGGCCCUGGCUCUGGUUGAGGCUAAUCUGACUUCCUUAGGGCCCGGGACCUCUAGGGUGUUGCUAUUUAUGGACCUUGAGGCUCUCCGUGGGGCAAACCGGGAGAGGCGGUCCCGUAGGUACGAGGGUCCUAGGCUGUGAAGGGCUUUAAAGGUCAAAACCAGAACCUUAAACCUGACCCUGUAAUAUAAGGGUUGGAAGUGGUGUGGGUGAUGCAAGUGAAAUACUGGAGGUCGGGUUGCGAAUAGUAGGAUAUACAGUGGUUAGAGAGGGGGGCUUUUCACUGCCCACAUAGUUCUCUGCCCCUCCCAAAGGAUAGCAAAAAGCCUGUAAUAAACGGUUGAAAGUCAGCACGUACAGAUUUGUUUGAUUUGAAUAAUGUUUACAUUGCACAUUUCACAGAAGAAAACGGAGACAUGAUUGAAACACCCCAAUUCUCAGGUCCCAGUUAUAACUUUCCAAGCGCUCUGAACAAAUACCAAGAAAUAGGGUCUGUCCUGACAGAUAAAUAAAUAGGAACAACUGGAAUAAUGUGGGAAACAUUUUGCUUGCUUGUAAGCAAUUUUACCCCACAGUGUGGUUGAAAAAGGCUCCCAGAGAACCUUACAAAUGUCACUAACAAGCCUGUCUCUGCCCUCACGACCACAAUAUAAAGGAAAUGAGCCAAAAGGAAAAGAGAUUUAUUUGGGGGGGGGGUAUUGAUAUUGUGAAUUUGGAAGCAGUAGGGUGAAUAAAAAUGGACCCUUCUUGAAAUAAGAAUUGUCCAGUCCAAAAAUAAGGUUCAAAAGCUUUACUAAUAGAACUUGUUGCAAAACAGACUUGCAACAGUAAUCUUACACCCAAAUUAUUGCAUAGUAUCAUAUGCUUGUCCAUGCAUAGGUUAAACAUCUUAGAAACAUUAAAUUACUUCACCCAGAGCUGAAAACAAAGCUCUGCCUCCUCCAUCGCCUGUAUUAUACUCUGAGGCUGCGUUCCUGGAGAGAAUCAAUUGCACACCUUUCUCUCCAGCUGCUCCCAGGGAGAGAGCAAAGACCAACUCACACAAAAUGGAGAUUUGCAACCGAAUACCUUUCUUAUGUCCCUUAUGUAGGACGCGGGUGGCGCUGUGGGUAAAACCUCAGUGCCUAGGGCUUGCCGAUCGCAUGGUCGGCGGUUCGAAUCCCCACGGCGGGGUGAGCGCCCGUCUUUUGGUCCCAGCUCCUGCCCACCUAGCAGUUCGAAAGCACUCUUAAGUGCAAGUAGAUAAAUAGGUACCGCUUUAUAGCGGGAAGGUAAACGGCGUUUCCGUGUGCUGUACCAUAGCCGUCACGCUGGCCACGUGACCCGGAAGUGUCUCCGGACAGCUCUGGCCCCCAGCCUCUUAAGUGAGAUGGGCACACAACCCUAGAGUCGGACAUGACUGGCCCGUACAGGCAGGGGUACCUUUACCUUUACCUUUUUACCUUUCUUAUGUGAUCUAAGCUAAAACUCCACGUGCGAGCUUGCGGAAAGACAUUCUAAGUUAAUUAUAAUCUCUUAGGCUCUCUGUUCCUCUUGCUUAGCUUCAAUGGAAUUUUCAAAAGUUGCAGCUGCAGCAAUACAUAUACAGUUAUUUUUCAUUUUGAUGUACAAUUAAAUAAUUCCACUUAAUAGUAAUAUUAAUAACAAUAUUAAUAAUAAUUUAUUAUUUAUACCCCGCCCAUCUGCCUGAGUUUCCCCAGCCACUCUGGGCGGCUUCCAAUCGAGUGUUAAAAACAAUACAGCAUUAAAUAUUAAAAACUUCCCUAAACAGGGCUGCCUUCAGAUGUCUUUUAAAGAUAAGAUAGCUGCUUAUUUCCUUCACAUCUGGUGGGAGGGCAUUCCACAGGGCGGGUGCCACUACCAAGAAGGCCCUCUGUCUGGUUCCCUGUAACUUGGCUUCUCGCAGUGAGGGAACUGCCAGAAGGCCCUCAGCGCUGGAUCUCAGUGUCCGGGCUGAACGAUGGGGGUGGAGACGCUCCUUCAGGUAUACAGGACCGAGGCCAUUUAGGGCUUUAAAGGUCAGCACCAACACUUUGAAUUGUGCUCGGAAACGUGCUGGGAGCCAAUGAAGAUCUCUCAGGACUGGUGUUAUAUGGUCUCGGCGGCUGCUCCCAGUCACCAGUCGAGCUGCCGCAUUCUGGAUUAAUUGCAGUUUCCGGGUCACCUUCAAAGGUAACCACACUUAAUGGGGAGCGGGGAGCAAACUCAAGCCACUAGACCAGCUGGGAUGGGAACUGGAUCAAGGAGAGAAGUCAAAAGUUGCAGCCUCUCAGCAGAGUCAAUGGGGCGGCCCUGCUCCCUUGGUUCCCUCUACAGCAGCCUGAUGGAAGGUGUGCUGUUCAAUGACAGCUGUUGGAGGAGAAGCCUGACAGAGCUAGCUUCUCAGCCAAGCAGAUGAUGUUCAUGCUUGCCUUCUCUCCCUUCUGCUGUAACCUGAUGGAACCAUUGCAAAGCACAAACCAACCUAUAGCCCUACUCAAACCAUAGCUGUCAAGCGUCCCUUAUUUGGCGGGACAGUCCCUUUUCCCAGCGCCGUGUCCCGCUGCUGUCCUGGAUUGAUGAUGUCCCUUAAAUUUCCCGGGUUUCAAAGGAAGCAGCUCCUCUCCCUCCCUCCCUGCCGGCCACGGAGGAGGGAGGAUCCAACUGUGUUGCUUGGCUGCAUUGCUCACCUAAUAAGGAGUCUAAGAACGACUGGGGGGUGGAGCUUGCAUGCCUUGUGCCGAUCAAAUCGGCCGCGUUGCCUGGGGACUCGCCUUUGCUCAGCGCUUCCCAGCGGAGAGGUGACGGUUGUUUUCCUUGCUGCAUCCCCUUUGCCGGGUUGCUGCGCUAUGGGAACCACCGCUUGAGGCUUCGUUUGGCUGCUGGUUGACUAAAAUCCCUUAUUUUGGCUACUGAUCCCUUAUUUUCGAGGCUGCUGGUCCCUUAUUUUCAAAUCUGUAAGUUGACAGCUAUGCCUCAAACCUUUGGUGGCUGGAUUUCUGCCCCACCCCCCUUUUUGUGUGUGUGUGUGAACCUGCAGCGAAGAACAGUCGCGGCUGGCAGCGAGGAAGUACGCCCGUGUGGUGCAGAAGCUUGGGUUCCCUGCUAAGUUCCUGGAUUUCAAAAUACAGAACAUGGUGGGCAGCUGCGAUGUGAGAUUUCCCAUCCGGCUCGAAGGCCUGGUUCUCACGCAUCAGCAGUUCAGUAGGUACGUCCAUCCAUGCCGCUGUUGGAAAGGAAAACAGAACAUUUGCUCUUCAUGUUUUGGGGAAAAUGCUGUAAAUAGCUUUUAGGUGUUGCAAACCAGGGAGCACUUUGCCCUCAGGGCAAGAUCGCAUUCUAGUCCCCUGCUGCUUUAUAAUAAUAAUAAUAAUUUAUUAUUUGUACCCCGCCCAUCUGCCUGGGUUUCCCCAGCCACUCUGGGCGGCUUCCACAAAGGCCAAAAAAUACACUAAGAUGUCACACAUUAAAAACCUCCCUGAACAGGGCUGCCUUAAGAUGUCUUCUGAAUGUCAGGUAGUUGUUUAUCUCUUUAACAUCUGGUGGGAGGGCGUUCCACAGGGCGGGUGCCACUACCGAGAAGGCCCUCUGCCUGGUUCCCUGUAGCUUUGCUUCUCGCAAUGAGGGAACUGCCAGAAGGGCAGAAGUGUCCGGGUAGAACGAUGGGGGUGGAGACGCUCCUUCAGAUAUACUGGGCCGAGGCCGUUUAGGGCUUUGAAGGUCAGCACCAACACUUUGAAUUGUGCUCGGAAACGUACUGGGAGCCAAUGUAGGUCUUUCAAGACCAGUGUUAUGUGGUCUCAGCGGCCGCUCCCAGUCACCAGUCUAGCUGCCGCCUUCUGGAUUAGUUGUAGUUUCUGGGUCACCUUCAAAGGUAGCCCCACGUAGCCCCAUUUACACUGCUUGUGAAUGGAGGGCUUGUAUCAUUGUGGUGUGCAAUGGAUUUGGAGUAAGCAGUCAUAUGAACAUAGCCUGGUGUUGAUAUUGUAUCCUCUCACAUAAUUCCACACUGAUGCUUGCAGGCUCUGCUAACUUGGACUACCUGUGUCCCUCAUGACCUUUUCAGAAGCUGCUUCCUCCCUUUUCCUUUCGAAGAGGGUAGACGCUCUUUUGAUAUCUCACUUCCCCCUUUCUGAUGCAUUAAACCCCAAAGUCACAUAAAACCCUCCCAUUAGUCACAUACAAUGCCAAAUGACUUUCUAACUUCAUGCAUUUUAAUUCUUUCUUAAACAGCUAUGAACCAGAACUGUUUCCUGGCCUCAUUUAUCGAAUGGUCAAACCACGGAUUGUAUUGCUUAUCUUUGUGUCCGGAAAAGUUGUAUUAACUGGUAAGUGAUGUAUACAGCGCAAACUAUUGACCUAGGAGUUUGCAUGUGAAGGCUAUAGGCACAGUCUGUCGGAAACAUCUCCAGCGUGAGCCCUGCUGAAACGUAUGGGAGCUGUAAAAUCGGACAUCUUACAUUUGUUCUACUAAAAUUGCACCGUGUGACAAUCACUGCAAUCCUAUACCUAUCUAUUCAGAAGUCCCACUGAAUUCAGCAGGGCUUAUGCACAGGUUAUUGGUAUUGGACUGCAGCCUGAGAACAGUUUCAUUUUAUUUUUUUAUGCUUGGAAUGCAUUGCUUGUGAAAGUUUAUGCAGGAGAGAGAUAGAGCCCAACUGCUAAGCUAUACACCCAGGUCAGUGUGGUGUGAUCAUCUCUGUUUACUGAUGUGUGAAAUGUGAAAAGCAUUUUAAGCAUCACUUCUGCCCUAAAACUAUAAGGAAGAAAAGAAUUUAAGGUCCUUUUCUGAAUCCUGCAAAAAUAUUAAAGGUAAAGGUAAAGGACCCCUGACAGUUAAGUCCAGUCACGAACAGCUCUGGGGUUGCGGCGCUCAUCUCGCUAUACUGACCGAGGGAGCCGAAGUUUGUCUUACAGUGGUGCCCCGCAAGACGAAUGCCUCGCAAGACGGAAAACCCGCUAGACGAAAGGGUUUUCCGUUUUCAAUGCGCUUCGCAGGACGAAUUUCCCUAUGGGCUUGCUUCGCAAGACGAAAAUGUCUUGCGAGUCUAGAGAUUUUUUUUUCGCUUUCCCCCCCCUUUAUCUAAUCUGCUAAGCCUUUAAUAGCCUUUUAGCAGCUAAUCCCCUAAGCCUUUAAGCCUUUAAUAGCCGCUAAACCGCUAAUAGCGCUACUCCGUUAAGCCGCUAAUAGGGUUGCUUCGCAAGACGAAAAAACCGCUAGACGAAGACUCUCGCAGAACGGAUUAAUUUCGUCUUGCGAGGCACCACUGUAUUUAUUGACCUAUUUAUCUACUUGCACUUUGAUGUGCUUUCGAACUGCUAGGUUGGCAGGAGCAGGGACCGAGCAACGGGAGCUCACCCCGUCGCAGGGAUUCGAACUGCCAACCUUUUGAUCAGCAAGCCCAAGACUCAGUGGUUUAGACCACAGCGCCACCCGCUGUGUCUAAAUACAUAAUAUUAUGUAUUUUACAUAAUAUAUAUUAUUAUGUAAUUUUAUUUUAUUAUGUACAGUGGUAUCUCGGGUUACAUACGCUUCAGGUUACAUAUCCUUCAGGUUACACACUCCAUUAACCCAGAAAUAGUGCUUCAGGUUAAGAACUUUGCUUCAGGAUAAGAACAGAAAUCGGGCUCUGGCAGCGCGGCAGCAGCAGGAGGCCCCAUUAGCUAAAGUGGUGCUUCAGGUUAAAAACAGUUUCAGGUUAAAAACGGACCUCCGGAAUGAAUUAAGUUCUUAACCUGAGGUACCACUGUAAUAUUUUAUUAUAUAUUAUGUAAAAUUAUGCAAUUUUACAUAAUAUAUCAUAUGUACAUUGUUGUUGUUGUUUAGUCAUUUAGUCGUGUCCGACUCUUCGUGACCCCAUGGACCAGAGCACAUACAUAAUGGUGAUAGGAUAAGUGUGUGUGUGUGUGUGUGUGUGUGUGUGUGUAUACACCACAUGUGAGAAGCAGGAAACAGGAUAGCUGUUUUAGGGGGAAAGUGAAUAGUGUACAUUCUUAAUAAAAAAACUAUUGAUUUCUCAUUGAAAUGGAUAGCUGGCAGGUUUAAGAAAAAUGAACCCAAACAGAAUGCUGUGGUGGCAUCUAGGGAAAAUAAAUGUGAGAUAGAUUUGUCUCUGUUCAGGCCAGGUGCAAGAUGCUGAACUAGAAAAACAGUUUGUCCAAGCUGACAUGGUAAUUAACAUUAUAGGCCAGGAACUGACAAGGAAGGAAGGUGUCAUCUACUAUGGUAGGCUUUUCAACCAGUCUAGUGGAGAUGAUCGAAAACCAUCCCACUCUGAUAAUGGAGUUCAAAAGGGCUGCGCUAUGGAAAAUUUCCCCCCAUUUCCCCCUUCAACUUUACUCUCCUGGCAGAGAACAUUUUUAGGGCAUUGCUCCUAACUUCAUUUCAUUUCUUAUGAAUGUUAUUAAUGCUCAUUUCAAAACCAUUUUUCCUAGGUGCCAAAUACCGUUCUGAAAUAUAUGAAGCAUUUGAAAACAUCUAUCCAAUCCUGAAGGGCUUUAAGAAAGCUUCUUAA